AUGGAUGGUGGAGCGACCCCAGCAGCAGGCACGGCCGGUUUUAGUGCCACUGGUGCGAUGAUUAAGGAUCCGGAGAUUAAAUACAUUUGUGGAGACUGUGGCAUUGUCAAUUAUCUAUCAGCCCGCGAUCCUAUUCGUUGCCGUGCAUGCGGCUAUCGCAUUAUGUACAAGGCGCGCACGAAACGUCUCAUCCAGUUCGAAGCUCGGUAA